GCAGUGGGGUUAGAGGAGGAGGAGGAGAAACGGGAGCUUGAACUGACAGGUUGUUCUCAGCAGCGAGACCCUGGAAGAGCGAUGGCGACAGGAUUGUGGAUACCUGAGCCGACCUGGUAGAACUCUGUAGAAUCUGGCAGAAGCCCAGCUGCAUCAGUUCCAGCAGCCAUGGCUGAGCCUCCAUCCUGCUUCACCUCCCUCCACCCGUCCCGCCUUUCUUUCUCCUCCUCCCUCCUCUUCUCAGUCAUUUUGCUCCUGUCGUCCCCCGGUUUGGUCCAAGGUUCAUCGACAAAGAACUGCACAGCUGGUGGAGACCCCUGUCAGGAAGGAGUGGUGCUGCCAGUGUGGAACCCACAGAAUCCCUCCGUUGGAGACAAAGUGGCACGGGCCAUCGUGUACUUUGUAGCGCUCAUCUAUAUGUUCCUGGGAAUGAGCAUUAUAGCAGACCGGUUCAUGUCGUCCAUCGAGGUUAUAACCUCUCAGGAGAAGGAAAUCACCAUAAAGAAACCAAAUGGUGAGACUACCACGGCCACAGUCAGGAUCUGGAAUGAGACCGUUUCAAAUCUAACUUUAAUGGCUUUGGGCUCCAGCGCACCUGAGAUCCUGCUAUCUGUGAUUGAGGUUUGUGGACACGAUUUUGAGGCUGGUUCUCUGGGUCCCAGUACCAUUGUGGGCAGCGCGGCCUUCAACAUGUUCGUCAUUAUCGCCCUGUGUGUGUAUGUGGUUCCUGAUGGAGAGACGCGCAAGGUCAAACACCUUCGAGUGUUUUUUGUGACAGCUGCCUGGAGCAUCUUUGCCUACAUCUGGCUGUACCUGAUUCUGAAUGUCUUCUCUCCAGGGGUGGUAGAGGUAUGGGAGGCAGUGCUCACCUUCCUCUGCUUCCCUCUAUGCGUGGUCCAGGCCUGGGUGGCUGACCGUCGCCUGCUCUUCUACAAGUACGCCCGCAAGCGCUAUCGUGCCGACAAAAGCCGCGGCAUUAUCAUUGAGUCAGAGGGAGGGCCAGAUGGAAGGAUUGGCGGUGGAGGUUUGGACAGAGGAGGUGGAGCGCUAGGCCUGGGGGGAUUCACCAAGAUGGACAUGUUGGAGCUGGAUGGGCAGAUAGGACUGAACUGUCACAGCGGGAUAGAUGGAGGGUUGUUGGAGGAUGGAGGAAUAAAGGACGAGGAGGAUGAGGCCAGGAGGGACAUGGCAAGGACGCUGAAGGAGCUGAAGCAGAGGCAUCCGGAUAAAGACAUGGAGCAACUAAUUGAGAUGGCGAAUUAUCAGGUGCUGAUGCAGCAACAGAAGAGCAGAGCGUUCUACCGUAUCCAGGCAACCAGGAUGAUGAUCGGAGCCGGCAACAUCCUCAAGAAACACGCCGCUGAUCAGGCUCGCAAGGUGGUGAGCAGCCAUGAGACCCAGGCCCAGGAGGACGACCCCCACACCAUCAGGAUGGAGUUUGAACCCUCUUUGUACCAGUGCUUUGAAAACUGUGGCUCCCUGAAACUGACAGUCGCAAGAAACGGAGGAGAACCCGGUGUUACGGUGAAGGUGGAUUAUCGCACGGAGGAUGGCACGGCUAAUGCAGGUUCAGAUUACGAGUUCGCUGAGGGUACGCUGCUCUUUAAGCCAGGAGAGAACCUCAAAGAAAUCACCGUCGGGGUGAUCGAUGACGACAUCUUUGAGGAGGAUGAGUAUUUCUACGUCCACCUCAGCAAUCCUCGCGUGGUUGGCUACCCAGAGCUUGGCUCUGCCCCUCUGGAUCCUAGUACCACCCCUAAAGCAGUACUAGGUGAUGCCCACACGGCCACUGUGACUAUCUACGAUGACGAUCAUGCAGGUAUAUUUACCUUUGAGAGUGCCAGUCAGAGGGUUAGUGAGAGUGUAGGUGUGAUGGAGGUGAAGGUUCUCAGGACCUCGGGAGCCAGAGGCUUGGUAGCCGUCCCGUAUCGGACCGUAGACGGCACUGCUAAGGGCGGGGAGGACUACGAACUGACCGCUGGCAAACUGGAGUUUCAGAAUGAUGAGACCAUGAAGAUAAUUGAGGUGAAGAUCAUAGAUGACGAAGAGUACGAGAAGAACAAGACGUUCACCAUUGAGCUGGGGGAGCCGGUUCUGCUGGAGAUCGGGCAGAAACACGGUGAUUCCAAUGAGAAUAAGCCACUGGUUGGAGCAGAGGAGGAAGAGGUGGCCAAAAUGGGUUGUCCCAGUCUGGGUGAACACACACAGGUGGAGGUGAUCAUAGAAGAGUCCUACGAAUUUAAGAGUACGGUGGAUAAGUUGAUCAAGAAGACCAACCUGGCUUUGGUGGUGGGAAGCAGCAGCUGGAGAGAGCAGUUUGUCAGUGCUGUUACUGUCAGUGCAGGAGAUGACGACGAGGAGGAAAGCGGUGAGGAGCGGCUGCCGUCCUGCUUUGACUACAUCAUGCACUUCCUGACAGUCUUCUGGAAGGUGUUGUUUGCCUUUGUGCCACCCACGGAGUACUGGAAUGGUUGGGCCUGCUUCUUUGUGUCCAUCUCGCUGAUUGGUGUCCUGACGGCUAUCACCGGUGACCUGGCAUCGCACUUUGGCUGCACAAUAGGACUGAAGGACUCUGUGACAGCUGUCGUGUUUGUGGCGCUGGGCACCUCAGUGCCAGAUACGUUUGCCAGCAAGGUAGCAGCCAUCCAGGACCAGUACGCAGACGCCUCCAUCGGAAACGUCACCGGCUCCAACGCUGUCAACGUCUUCCUGGGCAUCGGCGUGGCGUGGACCAUUGCCGCCAUCGCCUGGCGCUCCAAGGGCAUGUCAUUCAGGGUGGACCCGGGAAACCUGGCCUUUUCCGUCACCCUCUUCACCAUCCUGGCUGUGGUGUGCGUCCUCACACUACUGUACCGGCGCCGGCCCACAGUGGCCGGCGGCGAGCUGGGCGGCCCGCGGACUUGCAAGAUAAUAACGUCGCUGAUGUUUGUGUUGCUGUGGCUGGUUUACAUCAUGCUGGCAUCACUUGAAGCUUACUGUCACAUACCAGGGUUUUAAACACAACUCAGAGGAUGGACAGACCCCCCCCCACUGCCAUGACAUGUCUUCAGAGACAGAAACGGAGAGAUGGGGGAGGGACAGAGGGGUCCUCGAUAAGCAUAGCAGCAUCACGAGCCAUCUUUAAAAUGUUUUCAGUUUUGCCUAGUUUGUUUUCCUCUCCACUCUGACUUGGAUAUAUGAACAUAUCAGUUCAAUCCUCCAGACUAAUGACUUAUUUUCUUGCAUUAAAGACAUUUUUGAGCCAGUGAAGAGGAAACAUCAAGCAAACACAAAGCCUUGAAAUUAAGAAUUGCUUCAGGCAAACAUUGAUUUUAUGUCCUUCACAGCUGGGCGGUGCCAACUCCUUCGCUGGCACUUUUAAGAGCUCAUAAAACAGUACAAGUGCAAACGAGCCAAUCAGCUGAUGGGACGAUAAAACUAAAGGGUUUCUAUUGAGCAUGAUCCCCUCCACCACCACCCCCCCCUCUCUCUCACUUGUGUCUGUACUGUACCUUUGGGACAAAUGGAUCCUCCUAAAACACACAUGCACACAGUGAAGGUCGCCUCACUACCAGGUUUACAAGUGGACAGACAACACACAAACGGAUACCCUCCUCUACUUGGAUACACUGCGCCCCCCCCCCCAACAACACUCCACUGUACAGACUUUAGAACCUCUUCCCUCCUUCUUGCCUUACGAUUCCAUCCUCCACUUACAUAUUUGUCCUACAUUUGUGAUCACCAAGACCUACAGUCAGUAUCACCUUCUAAAUGUAUCCAAUCCCAACUUCAUCGCUCCCACAAACACAAAGUUCUCUCUUUUUUCAGAAACUUUUCAAUGGCGUCACGUGUUGAUGUUGUUACCGUGCAACUGUAACUUACUAAAAAAGACAAAAGACAUCACAGUAUGACGUGAGAAGCAACGUUCUACAGCUGGCAUGACCAAGAUCCCUGUCCAGGUUGCACAGCAGCAGGAUAAAUAAGCUCAUCCACUCAUCCCUGUCCUCACACAUCUCAAGGUGUUCUCAGCCCAGAUGGGAUAUAAAGUCAUGUCAGCAUCUUCUGGGUCUAACACAGGGUCGACCGCUCAUUGGACGUGUCUGGAAAAGCUUCACAAGGAGGCGUCACAAUCGCAUGAUGAAAACACCUGCGCUGGCUCCUUCUACUAUGACCUGCCCUGUGAGCCGUAGUUCUUUUGGUCAUGACCCGCUAAUCGCUCUGCCUCGUAACUCGUGAGGCAGAUUCAGGCGGGGGUCUUGUCGGGCUGUUUCCCAGAUGCAGAAGAAUGGAAUGGGUACACCCACUGGGAGAAAUUACAGUGGGAUGUUGAAGAACCAAAACAAAUGUUGCUAAAUGGCCUGCAAACACACCAAAAAAAGCGGGUCAGUUGUUUGAAGGCAAACCUGACACCGUGCCGGACAACCAAAUACUUCAGUCGUAUUACUUGGGAUUGAAGACAUUUUGUGCACUACACAUUGAGUUACACUGUUUACAUACUACAGUUGCAUUUAUUGCCGGGGGAAGCAUACAUUAAGGGGGAAACAUCCCUGAUGUGGACAACUCCAGCUGACCCACAUCAACACCUGAAACACAGAGCGGACCAAUCACAAUAAAGAAUGAUGACCGCUGUGACAUGCCCAAACCAAGUAUUACUAAAUGUAUGUGAUGAUGUGACAUUGAGUUCUGUGACAAAAA